AUCGAUUUGUAGAAAUUGGCGUUUCUGGCUGUUCGUGGCCGAUCGCUGUCACCGUUUUCUUCAUUCUUCGCUGAUCAUCGCAAAGAUGGCCAGCCAAACGCAGGGGAUUCAGCAGCUUUUAGCUGCAGAAAAACGGGCAGCUGAGAAAGUUUCGGAAGCUCGAAAACGCAAGGCCCUGCGUUUAAAGCAAGCGAAGAAGGAAGCUCAUGAUGAGAUCGAAAAGUACAGGGAAGAGCGUGAGAAGCAAUUCCGUGAAUUUGAGGCCAAGCAUAUGGGCUCAAAAGAAGACGUGGCUGCUCGCAUCGAUGCUGAUACUCAGCUGAAGAUCGAGGAAAUGAAUAUAGCCGUCGGUCAUCAUAAGAAUACUGUAAUGAUGAAAAUCUUGGAUUUGGUGUACGACAUCAAGCCCGAGUUGCACAAGAAUUACCGCUUCGAGGCUUAAGCACACAUAAUACAUAUAUCCAGAAUAUUAUAUAUAUAUUUAAAAAAAAAACAUAAAAGCAUAAAGUAUAUAUGGUACAAUAUAAGUGUACGUGAAUUAUUAUCCGCCUAUAUGUCAUAUCUCUUAGAUUUAUCUAACGUCGUACAAAGUAUUUGAAGUUUGGCAAUGUAUGUCAUCCGCUUAGAGCUAGAAAGUGAAACUCAAACUAUUAGAUUAAUUUCCGGUUUUCCGCUCCUAGCAAUGGUUAUCAAUUAUUCCAGAGUCUACAUGACAAUAAGUAUAACCCUACUCGUAUUAUCGCUGAGACUUUACCAUCGCAUUCGAAUGUUUGAGAGUUGCUUUAGACGUAUUAUUACACAUAAUAUAUAUAUCAUGAACACAUAUGGAUAUUGUAUAAAUGCACAAAUGCUCCCCGAACAACAAAAGGCCUAGGUAGCUUGGGAGCAUGCGUAUAUUAUAUUAUAUUAUAUUAUAUAUUCUAAGAAUUAUAUGAAAUUUUAGUUAAUGGUGGUGGCUAGUAACUUACUGUAAAUCGUUAGGUGUAUGUUAUUAGAUGUCAUUCCAUAUUUCUGUAACUUCGAGGACAAAUGUUUAAUAUAUUUUACGUUCGUGUACAGCCUUUCGGGGUUCACGCAGCUCCCAAUUUGUGAACCUCGCGACGAUGUACCGAUUUAAUCUUGACAUCUUUUAAAUUCUCUUAAGUCCUAAGUAGCCCUACCUUGUGUAUCUGUACUCCACGUUUCUGCAAGUUGGCUGUAUGUACACUGUACAGUAUUAGUGUUCAAAGUAAUAAAAAAACGAUCUGAAAUUUAA